AUGCGUCUUGCACAAAAAGGUCACAUCCUGGUGUUGCUAGUGAGAUCUGUGCGGGAUCUUAUUGCUGUUCAUGGUUAUUUCCCUGAUAAUCGCUCCCUAGAGGUACAUCAGGAGCGUCUCUAUCAAGAAUACAAUUUCAGCAAGGCUGAGGGCCAUCUGAAACAGAUGGAGAAGAUAUAUACUCAGCAAAUACAGAGUAAGGGUAUAGAAUUGACUUCAAUGAAGGGGGAAGUCACCUCCAUGAAGAAAGUGCUAGAAGAAUAUAAGAAAAAGUUCAGUGACAUCUCUGAGAAACUUAUGGAGCGAAAUCGUCAGUAUCAAAAGCUCCAAGGCCUGUAUGAUAGCCUUAGGCUGUGGAACAUCACUAUUGCUAACCAAGAAAGUACCCUUGAACCAUCCAUGAUUGCACAGUCUGGUGUUUUUGGCUUUUCAUUAGGGAACAACUCCAAGUUUCCUUUGGACGGUACACCAGUUCGAAAUCGGGGUGGUGGAGAUGGAGAUUUUCAGUUCAGACCAUUUUUUGUGGGUUCUCCCACAGCUCCUGAACCCAGCAACAGCUUUUUUAGUUUUGCCUCCCCAAGUCGUGAAGUAGAGCAGCAGCAAAUCUCUAGGAGGGCCUUUAAAGUGAAAAGAAUUUAGCUCAUUUUACAGAAUGUUUCUCUGUUCACUAUCAGUGGUCUCUUUUAGAAAAUUAUCUUUAUUCUAGUUAGGGUAGGAGUCCCCAUCCUCUGUGCUAUUACAUUUUUAUGAGAAACUAAAUGUCUAUAGGAAUGACU